GCCCCCGCCCGCGGCAGCCCCCGGAGCAGCGGCCCGGCACCGGCGCCUUCCCGGCGGGCAAGAGCGAAUCAUGGAGCUACGCGUGGGGAAUAAGUACCGCCUGGGACGGAAGAUCGGGAGCGGGUCCUUUGGAGAUAUCUACCUGGGUGCCAACAUCGCCUCUGGUGAAGAAGUUGCUAUCAAGCUCGAGUGUGUGAAAACAAAGCACCCCCAGCUGCACAUCGAGAGCAAGUUCUACAAGAUGAUGCAGGGGGGAGUGGGGAUCCCGUCCAUCAAGUGGUGUGGAGCCGAGGGCGACUACAACGUGAUGGUCAUGGAGCUGUUGGGGCCCAGCCUGGAGGACCUUUUCAACUUCUGCUCCCGAAAGUUCAGCCUCAAGACGGUGCUGCUCCUGGCCGACCAGAUGAUCAGCCGCAUAGAGUACAUCCACUCCAAGAACUUCAUCCACCGGGAUGUCAAGCCCGACAACUUCCUCAUGGGGCUAGGGAAGAAGGGCAACCUGGUCUACAUCAUCGACUUUGGCCUGGCCAAGAAGUACCGGGAUGCCCGCACCCACCAGCACAUCCCCUACCGGGAAAACAAGAACCUGACUGGCACUGCCCGCUAUGCCUCCAUCAACACCCACCUGGGCAUCGAGCAGAGCCGUCGAGAUGACCUGGAGAGUCUGGGCUACGUGCUCAUGUACUUCAACCUGGGCUCCCUGCCCUGGCAGGGCCUCAAAGCAGCCACCAAGCGCCAGAAGUACGAGCGGAUCAGCGAGAAGAAGAUGUCAACACCCAUUGAGGUCCUCUGCAAAGGCUACCCCUCCGAGUUCUCAACAUACCUCAACUUCUGCCGCUCCCUGCGGUUCGACGACAAGCCUGACUACUCCUACCUGCGCCAGCUCUUCCGCAACCUCUUCCACCGGCAGGGCUUCUCCUACGACUAUGUCUUCGACUGGAACAUGCUCAAAUUCAUGCGGCCCCCCUCCUGCCAGCCCCCCGCCCUUCUCUGUGGACGCCCCCAGGACCAACUAGGGUGCAUCCCGGAACCCCGAGGACGUGGACCGGGAGCGGCGAGAACACGAGCGCGAGGAGAGGAUGGGGCAGCUGCGGGGGUCCGCGACCCGGGCCCUGCCCCCUGGCCCCCCCACGGGGGCCACUGCCAACCGGCUCCGCAGUGCAGCCGAGCCUGUGGCCUCCACCCCAGCCUCCCGCAUCCAGCAAGCUGGCAAUACGUCUCCCAGAGCGAUCUCACGGGUCGACCGGGAGAGGAAGGUGAGUAUGAGGCUGCACAGGGGCGCGCCUGCCAACGUCUCAUCUUCAGACCUCACUGGGCGGCAAGAGGUCUCCCGGAUCCCAGCCUCACAGACAAGCGUGCCAUUUGACCAUCUCGGGAAGUGAGGAGUGCCACCAUCGGACCAGUGUUUGCUUAGAAUUUCAUCCACAGAGAGAGCAGAGGCAUGAAGUGGGGUGACCUUCAUCAGAUCUCAGGCGCAGGAACGGGCCGUCCGCAGGGGGCAGCUGUGGCCAGGGGAGCGGCUCACCUGGCAGGCGGAGAGGGAGGGAGGAUCUGUUUCCUUCUCAUACAAAUGGAGCCGCUCCCGUGUCCUGGGCCUUCAGCCAGGUGCUGGGGCCCAGAGAGGACGAACGGGGGACAAGAAGAGAGGAGCUGGCAGACGGGUAGCUAGAGGCAGCUGUGCACCUAACCUGUCCUCUCUUCCCCUUCUAGUGUCUGUAUUUUCUUUUUAAAAAAACAACAAAAAAAAAGAUGGAAAAAAAACCACUCAAAAGGAAAAAACCCAGCACAAAACCGACGAUGGAUUUCGUUUCUUUGAUUUUUUUGCCAAUGGCAAGAAGAUGGGAUUCCCUUAGCACCGGGGAUCCUUGCUCCCUGGCGUCGCGGGCUGCCCAGCCAACACUCUGCCCACGAUCCCGGGCCACGGGAGCCAGCCGCCAAGCCCCCGCCCCGGCCACCUGUUCCCCACCGUCCACACCUGGUGGGAGAGGAACACCUCAGUGCUGCGCCGGUCCUCACCCGCGUCGGAGGUGGCCGGAGGAGUCACGCACGUCAGGAAGUGAUGUGGUCGGUCGAAAGCAGGUCCCACUGGGUUUCAUGAGCCUGGGAACCGAGGAGACACUCACAGCCCCCGCCUCUUCUGAGAUGACAGCGGCCGACGUUCUGUGUUGGGCUUUUCCUGGUGUCUCCUGGGCGUUCAGGUCCUCCUGCGCCUCUCCGUGGAGACCUUGAGUGGGUGGGGAGGUCGUGGGGGCCAGGUGUGUGUAGCUGUAUGUGACCUGCGUUCCCCAGGGCAGCAGGUGCCGUGUCCCGCCCCACCUCCCGGGCCGAAUUCAUUUCUCCCAUGUCUCCUAACAAGGACAUGGGUGGGCAGUGACGUCGACAUCCCUCAGGGCACAGAAGGUCCUCACCACCCCAGUCCCCCCAAGACUGUCAUCAGCCUGUGGCAGCCCCGUCAUCUGUUCCUGGUCUUGGGGCAGAAUCCGUGGAGACUACUUCUAGAAACAUCUGGCUCUGGGCUAUAAAUUACUCCCCUGGUUCUGAUAGUCACCUGGGGUCCCUCUCCCUGGGUUACACCUUUCCGAGGGGGACCCAGGUCAGGGCUGAGUGUUGGAUUUACCCAUCCUUCCUAGUUAACUCCUGUUUUUGUUCUUAUUUUUUGUUUUCUCCAUAUGUGUUUCCUAAUUUAUUUACCUCUGUUUCCCCUUUUUCCUUUUUUUUUUUAAUUAAAGAGCAAAGGUUUUUAUUACUUUGUAAUUUAAAAAACUGAAAAAAAAAUACUGAAGAACUUUGGGGGGAAUUUUGUACUUUUUUCCUGUGUAAAUAUUGGACUUUUUUGAGCUUUAUCGUGGUUGUUAAUUUGAAGUAAUAAAGUAGAAAAGGAUAAAGUGA